GUCCACUGUACGGUGCUUCAGAGUUAUCCACCACUGAUUAUUCAAGUUGGCAAGUGUCAAUUCCCAAAUUUGCAAGUGUUUAAGUUGUCAACAAAAAUCUGUUUUCUUGGUUUUCUCCCUGAUUUUCGGCGUUUCUAACAAAAGCCAUGGCCGAUAUUAAAGUAAUAACGUCGGACUUUGCCAACCUGCAAAUCUCCACCCCGAAAAUGGACAUAUCGUUCGGAGACAAGCGUUUUCCUAAGGACCUAACCAUAUCAGACUUGAAGGCAAAAUUAGAACUAACGACCGGCGGCAGCUGCCAGACAAUGAAAAUCGAACUAUACAAUAAGGAUAACAAACUAGUAGCUUCAUUAGACGAUGACAGCCAAGUUCUGGGUUUCUACCCGGUUGAAGAUGGAAUGAGAUUGCAUGUGGUCGACAAAUUCCUGUUGACCAAUGAGUUCGAUGCAGAAAACGUGCCUAAAUUCGAAUUAUCUGAAGACGAAUAUGCUAAACGAGGCGACACGGUCAAGACAUUUCUAAUGCGGAAUAAAAUGGGAAAGUACAAUGAUGACUAUAUGAAGAAUAAGGAGCAACAGGAGGCACAGGAAAAAGCUUUGGCAGAUAGUAUUAAAGUGGGUUCCAGAUGCAAAGUAACCGUAAGCAAUGUCCCAACCAAACUGGGCACGGUGAUGUAUUCCGGCAAUGUUGAUGGCUUACAAGGCACUUGGAUUGGGAUAAAGUACGAUGAACCAGUAGGCAAACACAAUGGAACGGUAAAGGGCAAGAGCUACUUUCAAUGCCCGGACAAGUACGGCGGCUUAGUAAAACCUCAAUGUGUGGAAGUUGGGGACUUUCCAGAAGAGGACUACUACUUGAAUGAAGAGCUCUAACUUUACACAGCCGAAAUAUUCGAAACUAGUUUUGCUGGCAAGUAAUGUUUUUACCACACCAAACAUUUAUUUGCAGCCAAUUUUUGCAAAAGGCUUAUUUUUACAAAAUAUCUACUCAACAAAGCAAUUGCUGUGUUACAUUAAGGCCGUACAAUAAUUUAAUUUAUUUUAACACUUUGUAACUGCUUUCAAAUUUUUGUGGUUUAUUCUUAACUUAAAUAUAUUACUUAAUUAAAAAACUGACUGAUUGGUAACUAGAAACACUCAGCUUUAGUUAAACUAUUUAAUAAACACUCUCAUUUACCUGUUUUGCAAAA